CAUUAGAUCUUGAGUGUAAAUUUUAGCUAUAGUACUACUAGGACGGAAUACAAGAGACUUUUUAUUAUCCAAUACAGCAGCUAGUUGGGUAAGUAUUGAGGAGUGGUUCAAAGAAGUUCGAAAGAAGAUCAUUCUGACUUCAGCUUCUAUGAAGUACAGUAUUCUGUUGUCUAUGACUACCUCUUGUUCCAAAAUGAUUGUCAGCGGUAAUAUGCUUAUAGUGAGACUACGACUUCCAUAGGCUUCAUUCUUUUAGUGCCGUGCAGUAUUUGUCGCGUUCGAUUUUCUUGUGGAGAGUUCCUCCGGUCGCCCAAGUUUGCCUCGUGUGAAGGAAACAGUUUCUUCUCCGAAAUUUCCUUUCUUGUUUUAGGGUAUGGUGAGAUACGUACGGUACCGUACGAACGGUACGGAUUUGGCGUAACUGUUGUACUGUAAUGGUGAACGUGCCAAUAUCAUUCCGAUCUGGAACCAAUAAAUUUUGUGAAAAUAAAUUUCCUCCUUGGUGCGGGUAUGAAUACGGGUUGGUAUUGGCAUACGUAUGCCAACGUUCUCGCCUAAAUUUUCCUCCAGCCGGGAUUGAAAUGGAUUGGUUCGCCAUCCAUCACCUGCACGCGCACACAAGCCAUGACAGUGUUUUUUGUACAUUCUUGUAAAUCCCGAGCGAGGCGGCACUUCGCACGAUAGAUUUUUGUUCAAAAACCUGGAUUAGACGGCAGCAAACUCUCGCUAACCAACAAAACAUACAUAAAUAAUGAAGGCUAGCCGGAAGGGCUUGACAGUCAGUCGUUGUGUGACAGCGCAUGCCUUGUUGCAAGCUCUGUAGAGGUUCAACAAACUGUGGAAACAAGUGUUUCACAUAUUAUAAAGACAUCACGCUAGUGCAGCAAAUCAAAUUAACUUUUGAAUAAAAAAUUAUUUAUUAUUAGAGUGAUUAUAAAAUCACUCUAAUAAUAAAUAAUUUUUUAUUUAAAAUUACAAGUAAUAGUAGCUCAGCAAAUCAAAUUAACUUUCUGACGACUCGAGGCGUUGGCCUUCUCUUUGGUGUGUAACAUACAAUCAAUCCCAGAUCGGGACACCAACUCCUCAACCAGUGGUCUCUAUCAUAGAGAACCUUGCAUUGUUGCAACAACACUCCUUCGACGCCGCCUAUUUUCUCUAUUCAAACGAACAAGAAAGAACCACAAUGUCCGAGUACGCCGCUCUUCACGCCACUUCACUCCUACUGGUCGGAAAAAAUUGUAAAACCUCGGAAUCGUCUGCGGCCACAUCAAGACAAGUCACAGCGUCAGCAGCAGCAGUUACGACAAUAACAUCUCGAUCAGCCCAUGGAGAUACCGUUUUCACAACAUCCGAUCUGUUCCCAGACGACGAGCAAGACUUUGGUUUCAAACAACCUAGCGCAAAAAACUUUCGAAAAUCAGCAGCAAACGACAACGGGAUAGAGACAAUUAUGCAGCUAUCCAGCAACAAUAGCAACGCAACGCACCAAAGCAAUGAUGUUCUCGUCCUUCCAGCCGACGAUCUCUCAGACGGUCCAGACGAGUCUCGAUGGCGAUCCCAUGGGAUAACACGACGACGAAAGCUCUUAGAGGAGGACAAACGAAUCGGUGGACGGGAUUUCUCGAUGAGUUUCGAUUGUUCUGUUCAGCGCUAUUUUUCAGUUGCCCACUGGUACGUAUUCAGUUAGCCAUUAACUUGCGACCACAGUACUUCGUUAUGUUGUGCUUGCUUCCUUGAUUCUCUAGAAGAUAACAACUAUCCAGAAAAGAUUGGCUAGCCAUUGCAUCUUGCUUGGAAGCUUGAACGAAAAGUAGGAAUCUUUCCACUAACAAGCGUUUUCGAUGUCAUAUUGUUUACUGUAACAGGGCCUUGGAACAAUUCCAUCAGCUCUAUCAGAAAAGCUCGUCCUCGUCCACGGACAGUGCCAAGGAGCUGGAAGAAUUGUAUCUAAUGGGGCACCGUGUGGUGGCUUUCUUAACAGAAUGUCUACCACGGCACCCGGGGUUUGCCCGAUCUCCCUUUGUGCGACAACGCUGCAAACAGGAGCUAGACCAUCUGAUGAAGUGCCUCGAAGAUGUAGCCAUCCGCAUCGACGAGCAGGUAUGCAAUCAGUUUGUCGACGACGGAGACUUUUUCCUUGACUCAAUGCUCGCCGCAGAAAUGGCCAACGAGGAUGAGGACCAAGAGCAGAGGAAGUCGCCACGCCGAUUCCGCACUCCAUCCAAGGCCAAGCAGAAUAACUCUGCAUUUGCCGAGUGGGAAGUAGACUUUCCCGACGACGAGUUCGGACCACUCAAGGGAGAGGCAACCAAGUGUGUUUCGUUUAAAGCUGAUUUUGAACGCACCACGGCUGAGUCUCCUACCGCCGAAACGGUGGGAACGAACGGAACAGAAUCCCUGGAACCGAGCGACACCAGUUAUACAAACUUUGAUUCGUCUGACAACAGCAAGGGGAGCGAAGAGGCACUCUCGCGUUCUGGUUCGGAAGUCACAGACCGUGGUGGUUCUUGUGACGGCAGCAAUGACUACCGUCCUGCCCGAGAUGAUGACCAGCAGGACGUCUUUGACUCUAUCGAGUUUUCUCCCGAGGACGAAGGCGCUCUCGAUUUGCCAUCCCAGCCUGUUUCUAUUCUUAAGGGCGUCCGGCUCGACUUUUUGAAGACCAUUGCCUGUGAACCCGUCCUGUACGAGACCGAUUCCGAGGCCGCCGACAGCUGGGCAAACACCGCAGACGAUGCGAAAUCUCGCCCCUGCCUCCCAUCGAGUUCGGGGGUCACACCAACCUGUGAUCCGGCCCGCAUCGCCUUUCGUGAUUUGAUGAAUAAGCUGCCGCACAAAUCUAUACUGCAGCGGAACAACCAAUCAAAGCUGUUGGGAGGCUUUCUAUCUCGCACCCCAUUGAAUCCUCCGGAUAGGUCUCCGGCAUCGUCUCCGACGCUGAUUGAGAUUUUGGGGGAACGCAACACCAACAAACCUGCCGGGGUUGCGCACACUGACUUCGACGACGUUAUCGAGAACGAGAUCAAGGAGUACCUAGAUUCCUCGCAGGACGAGGAAGAUCCAAAACAAUUUGUGGAGUCGUGUCACGCAAAAAUGAGCACACAAUCCAAGAGCAUGGAUAUGGGCACAAUACGCCACCGAAAGCCCAGAGAUGAUCGAUCCUCCGUCUCUUCCUAUGUUUCGUCAUCCUCCUCGUCCACGGUUGCAUCAACUACAUCCUCGCAGUCUCUGAAAUCUCUUACUAACAAAACGGGGAGUCAGACGAGUGCCUUUAGUUCUUUCGGUGCACACCGGAAGGAACAGCAAAUGCAAGGAUCCGAAGCAUCCAAAACUAUUUUUGAACAAGAUGACUGGAUCUCAUUUGACAAUUCUUCAGGCGACAGUUUCUUUGCGGAUUCUUCCUUUUAGGAGAUCGGAUCGGGUUAACUCUCUUGGCAUGGAUGAAUGAAUUGGCAUGCCUACUCACCAUACGCGCUACGUCAAGCAUUUUUGUAGAAGUAUUUACUGUAAUUUUAAAGCAAUUAGGGAAGAAAUAUUUCGGGAACUAGUUACAAAUAGAUCCAAAGUUUCCGU